AUGGUCUGGACGACCAUACCCAUCGACUAUGUCGAGUUCGACGAGCAUACCGACAUGGAGCGCCUGGAUCCCUGGACCCCUGUUCUGCGUACCUCUGAUCUUGCUCACCGAGUUGCGCCUUCCGCCGGCAAGGAUCUAGGCGUCUUUGCCACUCGCGCGAUCCAGGCAGGCAAGCUCACUCUCGCAGAACGCCCACUGCUACUCGCUCCGCGCAGGAUACCGACAGUACCUGGGCUUCCUCAUCACUUCACUGCCGCGCAGAGGACUCGAGCCAGCAUGGCGGAGUGGGAGAAGCACCUCGAGAUCUCUGUCAAGCGAAUGCUCCCCGAGCGCCGUGAUGCUUUCAUGAAGCUCGCAAACUGCCACGAACAGGACGGCAGCGGACCCAUCGUUGGUCGCGUGCGCACGAACGCUUUUGGAGCGGCUGGCCUACGCUACUGCGGGGAUGAGAGCGAGUCAGGCGCUUAUGCAGCGUUCAACCUGCCUACGUUUUUCGGUCGUCUCCGAGCUGUACGCGACGUCUCCGCAGGAGAAGAGAUCACCAUCGCCUACAUGAACAAACUCUUGCUUCCGUUUACAAAGCAUCAAGAAUUCCUCGCUCCGUAUGGCUUUACUUGCGCUUGCGAGACCUGUAUCGCUGGAGAAGCUUCUGACUCUCGAAGGGCGGGGCUUCGAACGAGCGCCAGCAGCGGCUCGCCGACAUCUUCGGGAGGCUUGCUCCAGUCGUAUCCCCAACAGAUGCAGCCAAUCAAGGACGAGGGCUUGCAGGCCGAGCUACUUUACUACAAUGUGCUUUUCCACACGGCCGAGCUACUGAAGAAGCACGGGCAUCAGGAAGAGUGCUUCGCGUACGUGCAGGAGCUGAAGCAGUUUGAUGACGCGAUACUGGUCUCACGCGUGACGGCACCGCUUAGCGCAGCCCUUCGAAAACCAGUCGGCCGUGCUUUUCUCCUCAACUUGGACUACACCCACGUUUGUUCACCACUCAGUAAGUGCCUGACUUCGGAUAUCAAGAACAGUUUGACAGUCUCCGUCAGUACAAGGCAUCGAAAAAUGCAGGCACUUCUCGAACGCGCUUCGUUGCUGGCAAGCAUCGAUCGCCAGCGAAGCGGUGUCAUUCCAUCUGCAGGAGAAAUACUGGAACUUGACAGUAUAUCUCUGCAGCUCUGCGAUGCACUGGACACAAUCGGGAACUGCGAACUGGACCACCUGAUAAAUCGACAGCUCGUCCUCAACCGCUCAUUCACAUCCCCUGUGCGACGACUGGCUCCAGAAAUCCUUUCCCGCAUCUUCAUCUACUUCGCCUCUACGGUCGGCGACCCAUACAACCGAUCUAAAGUCAUCACGGCCACGGUCGCUUGCGUCUGCGUAGCAUGGCGGAUGACCACGUGGAGUACGCCGCAGUUGUGGACUCACAUCUGCUCGACCGUGGAGUCCAGUCCGCCUGUCGCAGACUUGGAUUAUGCCGCCAGGGCUCGUCUUGCUGACGGGCUUCCCCUCCAUAUCCGACACUUCCGACUUGAUCAAGGCGAGGCUGUGCAGCGCUUCCUCGCUCAACUGCGCCCAUUCUCCUCUCGCUGGCGGACACUGCACCUCUCUGGUUCCCACAUAUUCCUGACUAUGCAACCGCCGCUCGACCUGCCCAUCUUGACAGAGGCUUGGAUCAGCAUCGAAGGUCCGGCGGUGUCCAGGCCACUCCUAUUGCUAGAAAAUGCGUCGCAUCUGCAGAAGCUUGACAUCGACCUAGCCGUCUAUCCUAGCAACCUCGACGAGACUGACGACUGGUCAUCGUUCUCCUUUCCAUCUCUUGCCAACUUCACCGAGCUCGAGUCACUUUCGGUAUACGUUGAGAGCGCUAUUAUGGUCGGCCCUCAGCUAGAAUUGUACCUUCGUGAGCUACGGCACCUUGCCCCUACGCUCGUCGUCCUCAAUCUCGAUAGAGGAUAUCUAGCUGACGAGCCGUCUUGUAUCAUGGACCCGAUACACAUGGUGUCCCUUCGGGAGAUAAACCUCCAGGCAGCUGCCGCAUGCAAAGUCCUUGAAUACCUCAUCGCUCCACUGGUCGAAAAGAUGGACAUCGGUAUCUCAGACGACACAGAGCCGAGCGUCUUCCCACCUUUGCUCCACUUCCUUUCGCAUCCGGCGAACAAAAGGAACCGACAGCUCGCGCGACUCACGCUCAACCAUAUUGGAGUGGAGGACACCUCGACCCUUCUGCGAUGCAUGGAACAGCUGGGUGAGCGUCAGGAGUUGCGGGUGCAGGAAUUGGGCGAUCUUUCGACGGUCUUGACGAGGGAGCUCCUUGACCGCAUGUGCUGCUCGGAGGACCACCCAACGCUUUUGCCUAAGCUUGCGAGGCUCACCAUCAGGGCUCGGAAACCGUCCAUGCUGGCGUCAAUAGCGAAGGAGCUGCACAGGAUGGUGAAGUCGAGGGAGGGGAUGUGUGUCUCUGGAGGCAUCCGAGUGGCUGCUUUAGAGCACUUCGAAGUCAUUCAGGGUGCGGCUGCAUACGAUUGUGGGUGCUGUUAA